AAAAAGAAAAGGUAUAAAAGUGUUGGCGACGAAGAAGAUGCAGAUACCGUACAUAUGUCUUUUGAUAGGUCGACCUCGGAUGCCGAUCCAAUGGACGAAGUGAACAAAACGUUUGAAGAUUCGUUGUUAGAAGAUUCGGACACAGUCCCUUCUCCGAAUAAAAAGAGGAGGUUGUCUUCGGUAAUUAUAAGGCCAAUUCAUGUGCCGAAGGCUCCCGAAAACUCCACUCAGUUCAUUAUUGAUGAUCACGAAGAUUCCCAGCUGUAUAUCAGUUUUGAAAAACCGUUCGAUGAAUCUAACUUAAGUUAUGGAACUGAACUUAUUGAAACAUUUAAAGGAUCAUAUGAAAGUGAUGCUGCAUUUCAAGAUAUUGAUUACGAAUACGCAUCGGCAGACGAUGUCGACACCACUCAGUUUUAUGCUAGGGAUUUUGAAACAGCUUACUAUAAAGCCAGAUUUGAUGAACUAAUGCAAACACCUCUGGGGUAUAUCUUGGAAGAAAUCAUCAUGACUCUUGACGGUGGUGUUUCGGCAAUGGACAAUUCAAUUGUAGAAUAUGCUAAUUCUGCUGAUGUAAUGGAUGAAACUGAUUCUGUUUCCGUUAAUAUUUUCAAACAACGAAAGACGAGACGAGGUAAAAAGAAAAGGUAUAAAAGUGUUGGCGACGAAGAAGAUGCAGAUACCGUACAUAUGUCUUUUGAUAGGUCGACCUCGGAUGCCGAUCCAAUGGACGAAGUGAACAAAACGUUUGAAGAUUCGUUGUUAGAAGAUUCGGACACAGUCCCUUCUCCGAAUAAAAAGAGGAGGUUGUCUUCGGUAAUUAUAAGGCCAAUUCAUGUGCCGAAGGCUCCCGAAAACUCCACUCAGUUCAUUAUUGAUGAUCACGAAGAUUCCCAGCUGUAUAUCAGUUUUGAAAAACCGUUCGAUGAAUCUAACUUAAGUUAUGGAACUGAACUUAUUGAAACAUUUAAAGGAUCAUAUGAAAGUGAUGCUGCAUUUCAAGAUAUUGAUUACGAAUACGCAUCGGCAGACGAUGUCGACACCACUCAGUUUUAUGCUAGGGAUUUUGAAACAGCUUACUAUAAAGCCAGAUUUGAUGAACUAAUGCAAACACCUCACAAUAAACUGAUAGAUAUGUAUCAUGAUCUUGAGCAGCAAGUUAUCAAAUUGCAAGAUCAGCUGUUACAGUAUGAUCCCAGGUAUGCAUUAGAUGACUUACAACAAGAACUUUUAAAACAUCAAGAAGAAAAUGAAGUACUUCAACAGCAUCACAAAACUUUAAGAAAAAAGCUAUAUCCUACGGAAGGAGAAUCUGGGAAAGAAUAUGAAUCCUCUAGUGAAUAAGAUAUAUUCUUAUGAAUUGAAUAUCAGAUUAAUGUAAAAAUUGUAAUGAUUGUCAAAUAAUUUUGGUUAAAAAUGUAUAAUAUGAAAAUAUAUAUACGGUCUAAAUUUGUUAAAUGUAAUUUAUAGUUUAUAUUGAAUAGUUGCAAAAAUUAUAACAGUUGCUGUUUGAAA